AUGGGACUGGUCUUCGCAGCUGCUGCCCAACUACAAGGCGCAGGCUCAGUCGGUCAUGCGGCUGGCGGCGAUAAGUCUGAAUCAGACGAAAUAUUCCAGAUUCACCCGGAUCUUCACCAGCUACUUCAAGUCGGGGGAUCUGGUCAUCGAUCAGGAUGCAACCAUCCUCAUCCCCACCAACGAAGGCUUUUGGCACUACCCAAAAGCAAGAAAUUUUGA